GUGUGGAGGCAAUCCAUACCCGAUAUGGUAACACGUCAGUUUUGCGCUAGCUCAGGCACGUUUUCCAACCUUCGACAAGGUGGCCUCUUCGUUUUUCCCGGCGCCGUGAAACCACGGUUCGGAUUUUUCUUGGGGCACAGCAGAAAAUUCUCUGGUUUUCUGUGUCGUCUCUAUUCUCAGACAUCUUUCUCGAGCUUGUUGGCACCAUACUCUGCACGAUCUUCUCUCGUCCUGCAGUUGUCCUCAGCACGCAUCCUGGCCUUUGCGGCAAAUCCGCGAUCGGAUAGUGAUUUGCGCGAUGGAUGACGCCUUUGUCAAGUCACCCUCAGAGGUGCUGAAGAGCUUUGGCGUUUCCGAGAGUCGCGGCCUUUCAGAUGAGCGUGUCGAAGAGCAGCGGAAAAUUUUUGGUCCAAAUUGUCUACCUGAAGAGCCGCCCACCCCGCUGUGGGAACUGAUAUUGGAGCAAUUCAAGGAUCAGCUGGUUAUAAUAUUGCUUGGGUCUGCCGCUGUGUCUUUUGUUUUGGCUCUAUUUGAGGGGGGCGAUGAUUGGACCGCAUUUGUAGACCCGGUGGUUAUUCUCACUAUAUUGAUCCUCAAUGCAGUCGUCGGCGUGUCCCAGGAGAGCAACGCGGAAAAGGCCAUCGCAGCUUUGCAAGAGUACUCGGCGAACGAGGCAAAAGUGAUCCGCAAUGGCAUCACAAAACGCUUGAAGGCAGAUGAACUCGUACCGGGAGACAUCAUAACUGUAGCAAUAGGCGAUCGAAUCCCGGCCGACUGUCGACUGCUAUCGAUACAGAGUAAUUCCUUCAGCGUGGACCAGUCUAUCCUCACAGGCGAAAGCGAGAGUGUGGGAAAAGAUACUAGGGCAAUCGCCGAUGGCAACGCUGUAAAGCAAGAUCAGGUCAACAUGCUGUUUUCGGGCACCACAGUCGUGUCUGGACAUGCAAACGCUAUUGUUGUCUUGACCGGGGCCAAAACCGCCAUUGGCGACAUCCACGAAAGCAUAACGGCACAAAUAUCGCAACCAACACCUUUGAAAGAAAAGCUAAAUGAUUUUGGAGACAUGUUAGCCAAGGUAAUCACUGUUAUUUGCGUCCUCGUUUGGCUCAUCAAUAUUCGGCAUUUUACGGAUCCAUCCCAUGGAUCAUUUGCCAAAGGCGCAAUCUAUUAUCUCAAAAUUGCAGUAUCGCUUGGUGUUGCCGCUAUUCCAGAGGGCUUGGCCGCAGUCAUUACAACCUGUCUGGCACUUGGUACCCGGAAGAUGGCUGCGAAGAGUGCUUUGGUGCGAAGUCUACCCUCUGUGGAAACUCUGGGCAGCUGCAGUGUCAUUUGCUCCGACAAAACUGGUACCAUCACGACAAAUCAGAUGAGUGUUAACAAGGUUGUGUUCAUCUCAGAAAACGAAAAGGCACUUGAGGAGAUUGAUGUCGAAGGCACGAGCUUUGCACCUGAGGGCAGUCUCUCCUACAAAGGGAAGCUUCUCGAGAAUGCUGCAGCUUCAUCGUCAACUAUUCUGCAACUUACAGAAGUUGCAGCCCUGUGCAACGAAUCCUACUUAUCUAUCGAUGCUAAAAACGGCAGUUAUGGUAUUAUUGGCGAGCCUACUGAAGGAGCGCUGCGUGUCCUGGUUGAAAAGAUUGGAACGCCUGAGGCAAGCUUCAAUGCCGCAAGGAGCACAGCAUCACCUGAUCAAAAACUUCACUACCACAGCAGAUAUUAUGAAGAACAUGCGCCUAGGCUUGCCACCUUUGAGUUCGCACGUGACCGAAAGAGCAUGUCAGUGUUGGUUAAGAGCGGAAACAAGCAGCGGCUACUGGUCAAAGGUGCCCCGGAAUCUAUUCUCGCCCGCUGUACACAAGUCUUGGUUGGACAUGAUGGCAAGAAAGUUGCUAUGACCAAUAAUCUCUCGCAGCUGAUUUCACGGGAAGUGCUUGAUUUCGGCAACCGUGGUCUUCGCGUUAUCGCUCUAGCUGCUGUUGAUGAUGUCAGCGGUAACCCACUAAUCAAAAGAGCUAAGACGAGUCAAGAUUAUGCGCAGAUCGAGCAGAAUAUGACGUUAAUUGGUCUUGUUGGCAUGCUGGACCCCCCUAGACCUGAGGUUGCAGAUGCCAUCAGAAAGUGUAAGGAAGCUGGUAUUCGUGUCGUGGUCAUCACAGGCGACAAUCGAAAUACUGCAGAGACGAUAUGCAGACAAAUUGGUGUCUUCGGCGAAAAUGAGGACUUGACCGGCAAGAGCUAUACUGGACGUGAAUUUGACGACCUGAGUGAGAGCGAACAACUGGAGGCCGCUUUGAAGGCCAACUUAUUCUCACGCACAGAGCCAGCACAUAAAUCUAGGCUUGUUGAUCUUCUUCAAUCUGCUGGUGAAGUUGUCGCGAUGACUGGCGAUGGUGUCAACGACGCACCAGCUCUAAAGAAGGCUGAUAUUGGCGUUGCCAUGGGUGCUGGAACUGAUGUUGCCCGUCUUGCAGCGGAUAUGGUUCUCGCUGACAACAAUUUUGCCACGAUCGAGAGCGCCGUUGAAGAAGGCAGAUCGAUUUACAACAAUACCCAACAAUUCAUUAGGUACCUGAUCUCUUCGAAUAUCGGAGAGGUCGUCUCGAUUUUCUUGACGGCCGCUCUUGGCAUGCCGGAGGCCUUGAUUCCUGUACAACUGUUGUGGGUCAAUCUCGUCACCGAUGGCCUUCCGGCAACGGCUCUUUCAUUCAACCCGCCUGAUCAUGAUAUCAUGAAGCGUCCACCAAGAAAACGAGACGAAGCCCUUGUUGGCGGAUGGCUGUUCUUUAGAUACAUGGUCAUUGGCACAUAUGUCGGCGCUGCGACUGUUUUCGGUUAUGCAUGGUGGUUCAUGUUCUACCCGGAAGGACCACAAAUAACUUUCUCCCAACUGUGCAACUUUCACCGCUGUGCAUCCGAAUUCCCUGAAAUUGGCUGCCAAAUGUUCAGCAACGACUCUGCCAAAGCUGCUUCGACAAUGUCACUCUCCAUACUAGUAGUCAUCGAAAUGUUCAACGCCAUGAAUGCUCUGUCCUCAUCAGAGUCUCUCCUAACACUCCCACUAUGGAAGAACAUGGUCCUUGUUUAUGCCAUCUGCCUUUCAAUGGCCCUGCACUUUGCACUCCUAUACAUUCCAUUCUUGCAAAGCCUAUUCAGCAUUGUGCCACUUAAUCAGGCUGAAUGGCAGGCUGUUUUGUGGAUUAGUGCACCCAUCAUAGCGAUCGACGAAAUCCUCAAAUGGAUUGAAAGAUCUUGGUUUACACAGAAGACACCUGUGGUAGAGAAAAAAUCAAGACGAAAGAUUAAGAGCGAGAUGAAUGGGCAUGCUAAACAUGAGUGAUUUCUUCUUGUGGCAUAGAAAUUGCAUUGGGUGGUGCUUAGAUCUUUAUAUGCUCGCUGCUUUUAAAUACUGCUGUGGCAAUGUAGACAUGUCUUUGAUGUUAGGUGUAUGUAAUUCUGUAUAUCCAAGAAACUUCCCACAUUCAUAUACCUG